CCCAAGUAAGUAAUAAUCUGGUGGGGGGAGGGAUGGGUGGGGUGGGGGGCCCAGACACUAAACUAGGAAAUCCUCCCCACCACCAUCCAUCCGCAACGGGAAGGGGAAAUAAUCAGCUCACCCGAAAAAAAAAGCAAUUGUCACUUUCAUGAAUUUCAAGACAAGAUUCGAUAGUUUCUGCCGUUGUGUUGCUUGUCUGGCAAUAAUUCAUCUACUAGUCCGGUGGGCUCAUUUGUCAUUCUGGGUAAUGAGGAUCCUGUCAUAUCAUUCUCAACUAUCUACUAAUUGCUAAUCGCUAAUUGCUAACUACAUACUGUAAUGCGACGAUAUUGGUUGGUUUGGUGUCUGACGUAUACCAGCAUGGAGGACUAUGAUCUCCGUGGCAUGGGAGUACGUACUUGCAUACUUACUAUUACUCCUACGGACUACUAGUUACCAGGUACCCGUGCUGGAUGGGUGAAACAUCUCCCAACAGGCAGAUACAUACACAGAGGUAGUAGGACUGCAGUGUCUGCCUAUCUAAUACUAUCCGAUUACGCAUCAUUCAUUCCAAUUCCACGUAAGUCCCAUCCCCCUCUCCCCCUCUAC